AUGAAAGAAGAAGCGGCCAGAGAGAGCCGUAGUUGGUGUGAAUAUCUUGGAAGCAGUGAUGUUGUCCACGUCGUCGUCGACGGCGACGGCGACAACGCCGGCUCGGGCGAUACCGACGCCGAUUCACGGCAGAUAUUCCGACAUCAACCCUCUUUCAUUCCCCAAAGACCACAGAUUUCAUCUGUUCCUGGCUUGCCCGAAGGCCAGCAGGCAGAGAUGGAGAUCGAGGAACGUGUUUAUGAAUGGUAUCCCCAAGCAGCACCCCUAGACUUGCCACUGGGCGCAGACAUUGUUGAAUGGCAAAAGGGCUAUCUCGUUCUCUGCGAGCGGGAGCGGGAUGUCUUUCCUGGCAACCACAGGGACCUGUUCGCCUUCGAUGUGACCAUCGGCGCACUCAAAGCGCUGCCCAUGAGAUGGGGCCCGGUGGACGAUGGACCCGUUCGCGCCAUGGCCUCAUAUGCCCCAUAUGAAAUGGCACAGUCCCUCAUCACUGGCCAUGACAAUGGCAUCUUGCGCGUUUGGAAGCUGGAAUCUGGCCAACUCGUUCGUCGGCUUACGGGCAUUUCUGGCACCACAUGUCUUGAAGUGGAUGGUAACACAGCAAUUGCUGGCAGUCACGGUGGAGCGAUCUGUGUCUGGAACCUUGUAGUCCAGUAUACAGACUACCCGCGAAAGGUCAUGAGAGGCCACGACGGUGCCGUUCACUGCCUCCAAUCCAAAUAUGGCAUUCUGAUCAGCGGCGGUGAGGAUAAGACAGUCCGGUGCUGGGAGCUCCAGACCGGUGUAUGCACGCAUGUGCUCCCAGGCUAUUCGCUGCCAAUCCAUUUCGUAUGCUUGGAGGGGCUCGAUUUCGUGACAGUGGGUACCGGCAGGGGAACGGGAUCGAACAUUACCCACUGGCGUUUGCGGCCCAAUGACCUGGGGAUUCAAGGUUUAUACCAUGGAUAUGACGCCGCACCCGAACCCACGACUCACCUGAGGCUAGCCAGCGGCUAUUCAGUCUCUGUCCGUGAGGAUGGGCUGGUGUCAAUUUGGCACCUGAGGAGCCAUCAAUUCACCACCAUUCACGUUGGUUGCAGCGCUGUGGUAGCUUUGGAUAACAAAGGACCUGUGGUGGUGUUGGCCAUGGCAAAUGGCUCUGUAUGGCUGGUUGACAAGCGGAUCGACUUCUGUGCCUCCAUUUUGGACGGUGUUGAUAGGAUUUGGAAGGUACGGGUCAUUAGUACAUCCCAAGUGAUGGUGGCAUAUGAGAGGGGAGGCUUGUGCUGGAUUGCCACUUUUGACCUGACCUGUUGA